UCAGGCGGCAAGGAUAAGCACCUAGAACUCAGCUAAACGAAUCCGCCACACGGCUGGCAAAUGCCAAUAGAGAGGAAUCGCUUCGAGACUGAUGCAGUAAGCCUAGACCAUUUAGUCAGAGGUAGCGAGAGUAGCUGAUGAAGAUGCUGCCGCUAGGGGCUGAAGCUUCACCAUUAGCUCGCUAUCCAAUUUAAUGAGUGUGAGCACAGCUCUGGAUACCGGGUUCUCGGUGCUGAUCGUCGUCUGUGCCGCUCCUGGGUGUAGCACGUGUGGAAUUGUUCAGAGACAGUGAUGCAUCAUGUUUGCAUCUCCCAAAACAAGCCACCUGAUGGUGUCAAUAGCAGCCGUGUGAAGCUCCAAUAGAACUCGAGGCGCGGCUCGAGAUGCUGACUGCUGGUCUCAAAUGCUGGCUCUCUCUCAUUUGUCGUAUUUAUGCCCUGUCAACCGUCCAAGCCAUCUUUCUUUCUGUCUGUCUCCCCUUUACUAGGUCAAUGCUAGUGCGCUGGUAUAAAUCUGUUUCUGGAGUAGCUUCUCGUUGCCUCUUACUUUGAUUACUUUCGCCGUCUGUUGAUCUGUUGACAAUUGUAAUCAGUUGCUGUUCAGACACAAUGGACUCCUCAACUCCCACCGAAGACAAGAAGGUGUCCUUUUCUCUGCCCGUCAUCAAACCAGGAGAGUCUCCUCUCACGGAAAGCGAACUUCGACGCAUCUUACCUGCCCUUUUCCGCAAUGGAACAGCUUGGUUAGGUUCGCCGCACAAACGAGUUCACUAUUUCUUGCAAGACGAUCUCAAUAUAGAGAAGCUGACUGAAGUUUCAUCCUACUUCUCCAUCCUUGGCAAGGUCACGCCUCCGCGUCCUAUCCACCAUCAUCAGGCUCUUGGCCUCGAAAUCGUCGUCACGGAGAAAAUGGACACUCACCUGCUCUGGACCAAAGGAAAGAUCUUCAUCAAGCCGUUCCCAAGGUAUCUCAUGGAGCCCGAGUUCUGGCGGCAGUUCAUCGCCUGCCCCGAAGCCUGCCCCUACGCUUCUGACUUUCACAUCAUUCGAUCAUCAGGGCUCGUACGACGCCGCCUGCAAUUGUCAGAGGUCAAACCCUGCGAACACAGCAAGCUCUGGAAGUGCGCAAUGGGCUUCGUGUAUUCGUACUUUGCUCUCAUCGCGCAUGAGAGCGAUUUUCGCAUUGCAAAAUCAUGCAAGCUGCUCCCGGAAGAGCUGGAGUUUGACGACUGGAAGGGGUUUGUCGACCGGAUGCUCAGUAGCGGCAGGAUCUAUGGGCAAGCUGACGAGCGAUUCACGUAUGGUGAGCUGAACAUGGCACGCCUCAACAAGCUGCUCAUGUUCCAGCAGCCUGUUCGAUAUUUCUUCCAACCAGGCGACAGCUAUGGCUUCCUCCGGGACAAUUCUUCGCUUGUGCCGUCGGCGUCCCUUCACGUGGGUGCCGUGUUAGCUUCAAUGCAAGUGAGGCCUCUUGUUGCCAAGUUCAGAGGAAGAAAGGCACUUGCCCUGGUAAUUUCGCUUGGCUGUUUGUUGGCCUUGUACUCGCUCUUGUUCAUCGGCGGAAAAGGCCUCCCGACGCUUGACCUUGAAGAGUGAAUUAGACGUCAAGAGCAAACGUCCUUGGAAACAGCUUGUCUGCUGUGUAAAAAGCGUGUCUGUGGAAUAAUGCGGGUGUUUUUGGGCUCCUGAGGACAUGACUGUUAGCUGGUAUUUACAAUGUGAAAAGGUGCAUCGAGAUGUCGAUAGCUUUGUGUUCAAUUUUGAUAAUGGAAUAAAACAAAGGGUUAAUGG